CAACAUCCUCACCCAGCGGCCAUUGGCCGCACAGGCUGCCGUUCGCGCCCUCUCCGAAUCUCCCCUGCAAGGAAGGUUUGAAAGUUGGGCGGGUGGCAACCCUCGGUGACAGGAUGGUUGAAGAUAGUGGAGUCUCUAACUCAAGCAUUGAGUUUUGGCUGAACAAAACUCUUGAGUGGGAUCAGAUCACUACUUUAGAAUCUCAGCAAGAUGUCUGCCUUCACUUGCCUGAAUUACAGGAAUUUCUCCUGCAGAUUUAUGGAGCUUUGAAACAUAUGAGCUCAACAACUGCAGUCCAAACAUUUCCAUUAAUUGGUCAGUUAUUGGGAAGACUUUGUUGGAAUCCUUUUGUCAUUGGUUACGAUGAAUGCCAGAAGAUUCUGAUAUGCUGCUUAUGUUGUCUGUACAGUGGUGAACCACAGAACCCUCUGGAAUUGAAGGCCAACAGCUGGAUACAAAAGUCAUUGUGCCAUCUGCUGUCCAUUUGUGGAAUGGGAAAUCAUCAUACUGAUAUUAAUAAGUUUAUUUCAACUCUUGGCUUCACAUCAGUAGAUUACUACUCUAAACUCAUUGAAAAUAUAGUCUCAUCAUUAGUGGCGGAACUCCACGGAACCCAGGUUAAUGGAUUUAACAGUCAACAAAACAUCUCUUGUCGAGUAACCUCCAUGUCUCUUCUCUGCGUACCUCUUAUAACUCUGCCUGGUAUAAAACCACUUCUUGAAACUCUCCUUAACUAUCAUGAUCAUGGACCAGAAGAAGUGCUUCACUCUCAGUUUUUAGAAGCAGUGAAUGAGGCUAUAUUGCAGAAAAAUAUCUCAUUAUCUGAAACUGCUGUCCUGCAAUUAUGGCUUCGUCACCUUCCUAGUCUGGAGAAGGCAGUACUACGAAAUAUUGAACAAUUAAUAUCCAGUCAAACAAAGUCAAUGCAAGAGAUGGCAUAUGUGAUAAAAGAUUCUUUACUGCACCGAGCUGCAUGUCAUCCAGCUGUCUUCAGAACUAUUGAUGAAAUUUUCAAGAAUGCACUGUUGGAAACUGACGGAGCUCAAGAAAUAAUGACUGUAAUGCAGGUGUUUACACAGUGCUUUGUUCAAGCUUACCAUGAGAAUAAUAAGCAGCAUAAAUUUCCACUGAAGGCCUAUUUUCCUCAUAAUCCACAUUCACUUGUGAUGGCUCUUCUUAAAUCUCCUUCAGAUUUGCCUGAUAAUGGUGUAUAUCAGCAUUUAGACCACCUUGCUGGAAUGCUCAAAACAACAGUAGAGAUCAAAGGCUCUGAGUCUUUGGAUGAACUCUUCAACAAUUGGUUUUUGUUGAUUCACUUUGGAGAAUGGGCUGAUCUUACAGCAAAGCAAUUGCUGUUGUCACAAGCAGAGUCUUCUAACUUGUUGUGGCUUUUGGUAUUUUACUAUAGUCCAAACAACAUGAAUCGGCAGAGAACUCAAAUAAUGGUAGAAGCUAGAUCUGCAUGUGACUAUCUGACAAGCCUUUCAAGGAUGCCAACCAUUUCUGUUGCAGACCUACAAACUUUAUUCAACAGCAAAACCACUCUAACUGCAACUAAACAUAUUGUUACGCAUCUGAUUAUCAGCUUUGUGCUAUUUACUCCUAAUGGACACAGCAUAGCCAGAGAAUUUAUUGCCUACAUUCUAGCUGAAAGUGAUGAAAUCCCACAAGUAACUGGACUUCUUACCCAUAUCUCAAAUACAACUAGCCAUCUUGGAGUGAAAUAUCAAUGCUCUGUAAAGCUAGCAAAUGAUCUGCUCCAGGAAUUCCGAUAUAGUGCUUAACAAUUCAGAAUUGUGGAAAAGAGAGAAGAAAUUACUGUUUCUUGCAGUAAUACUUGUGGAGCUUUCCUAGAUCACUAAGGGACUCAAGUUGCAUUUUUAGAUGGCUGUUUUAAGGAAAGUUAGAAAAACAGCCUGUUAGGAGGUACCUCAGGUGUUCCUAAUUCAGAACCACAUAUGUGCUGUUUCCUAUCAAGCUGUCUCAUGCUUGAAAAUUUGACACACACACCCUUUUUUCAAAGGCAUGUUCAUAGUUGCAAUUUAAAUGCUAUCUUAACAUUGAUUCUGGGAAUUUGCACAGGGGUGGUCCAUGUAAUACCAAAUGCCAGAACGGUUUCCCUUGCUUUUUCUGGCUGUAUUCCUUCAACCGACUGUCUGACUCUAUAAAAGGUGUUAAAAGCCCUUGAGCUGCUUUCUGAAGGGCUUAAGUAUACUCAAACUGACUAGGCCCUUUUAAUGGCCAGCAUUCUACAAACAUCACAACUGUGACUGAAGUCUUGCAUCCCCAUUGCCAUCCUGCCAACCAACAAGCAACCUAACCAACUUUCAAUUGACAAGCAGCAAUCCUUCAGUAGUUGAUUUCUCCCUAGGCUUGUCAUUUUGUUUUAAGCAAUAGUAAAGUAUAGAAAAAAGAAAUUGUUUUACAAACAGCUAAAGGUUUUGCUUUUCCACAUUAAGCUUUCUUAUAAUUAAUCAUAGUUCUCUUUAAUUGGCUAAUGAAAAAUAAUGACCAGACUCAAAUUACCCUACUUUGGAUACGUUACAUAAAGACCUUGCUCUCUGAAGGCGGCUCUUCAGAGAGCUAGAGAAAGGUGGAAAGGGAAAACAAACACCACCAGCAGGAAAGUGGAUGGACUGACUUACAGUGGCAAUGAGUAUAUCUGUUGGAAAGCCUGAAGCACCAGAUUAGGGACAGAUUGUCAAUCAACCUGUCAGAUUCUCUUGGGCUCUUUUUGGGAGGAAGAACACUAUAGAAAUAAAAUAAUUAUCACAGCAUGAGAAGAACUGGAGGAAAACGUAAUGUCUGCAUUUGGAUUAAGAAGGUGUGUGUUGUCACUCAUCUUCCAUGCAUUAAGUCAGAAACACAGGUCUAUAUACAAAAGCACUAAAUAUCUGUCAUUUAAUACUUUAUAUAUUCUUAAUAUGUUUUAUGAAGGCAGGUUAUAUAGUCUUAUUUUUAUAUCAAACAGAACCCAAUGAGUUCUUAUUCAGAACCCAAUACAUACACCUAACAGAAUUAAAAUACCCAACAAAAAGAAGGAGAUGUUACUGGCAUUCAGUUUCUCUUUUCUAAACUUACAUUAAUUGAUCUUGUGAGCAUCAAAUAAUUGUUAUUUUGUACUCAACACUACUAAAUGUAUGUCCAAUGUCUGGCAUUAAAGGGAAUUAAUUAGCAAUAUCCAAACAUGUCAACAGAGGUCUCUUUCUUUUUUUAAAUGGGAGAGCUGUGAUGGAAGUGGAUGCACAUUUAAGAGAAAUUCUUGAAUGUAAAAUUGACUUUUACCAAAAGUGAAAUAUUUCUUCUUGGAUUGUUCUUAUUUGUUUUCAUGGGUUUGUUGUUAAUAAUGUAUGCUAUCUAGAGCUUUUAUGGAGUUUUGUAUAGUGUUCUACAUUUGGCAAAACAAUCAUCUUAAUAUAGUUUAAAUCAUGAGACAAUUGUUUUCUUUGUGAUGUUUUACUUUCUGAAUUCCCUUACUCAGCCCAUUAUCUUUCACAGUGGCAUAACAAAAUGAUGAGCUGCUUUUCCUUCAUUGUCCUUUGCAAAAGGCUGUGAAAUAGAGCACAACCUCUUUCAAGAAUAGUUUGGAUCCUUUCUUGAAUACAUCAAAAGGUCUACAGUAAGAGCUAUUGCUGUAGCUCAGUAAGAGGCCAUGCAGGCUCCAGAUGUCUGCAGAGCUGAAUCCAGGACUGCUAGCAGUUUAAUUCAGCUGAUUAAAAUUUAGAA